CGUUCUCCAACCCUCUGGCCCCUGAUGGCCACGAUGUGGACGAUUCACACUCCUUUCACCAGUCCAAGCUGACAAAUGAAGACUUCAGGAAGCUUCUUAUGACCCCGCGGGCUGCGCCAACAUCUGCACCACCCUCCAAAUCUCGCCACCAUGAGAUGCCCCGGGAGUAUAACGAGGAUGAAGAUCCAGCUGCUCGCAGGAGGAAGAAAAAAAGCUACUACGCAAAGCUGCGGCAGCAGGAGAUCGAGCGCGAGAGGGAACUGGCUGAGAAGUACAGAGACAGAGCCAAGGAGAGAAGAGAUGGAGUGAACAAAGAUUAUGAGGAGACAGAACUGAUUAGCACAACUGCCAACUACAGGGCUGUGGGGCCCACGGCCGAGGCGGAUAAAUCUGCUGCAGAGAAGAGGAGACAGCUGAUCCAGGAGUCCAAGUUCUUGGGUGGUGACAUGGAGCACACUCACUUGGUGAAGGGUCUGGACUUUGCGCUGUUGCAGAAGGUACGGGCUGAGAUCGCCAGCAAGGAGAAGGAAGAGGAGGAAAUGAUGGAGAAGCCUCAGAAGGAAACCAAGAAGGAUGAAGAUCCUGAGAACAAAAUCGAAUUUAAGACCCGUCUUGGCCGCAACAUCUACCGCAUUCUGUUCAAGAACAAGACCUAUGAGCGGAAUGAGCUGUUCCUUCCGGGCAGAAUGGCCUAUGUGGUGGAUCUGGAUGAUGAAUAUGCUGACACCGACAUCCCGACCACACUGAUCCGCAGCAAGGCUGACUGCCCCACCAUGGAGGCACAGACCACACUGACCACCAAUGACAUUGUCAUCAGCAAGCUGACACAGAUCCUCUCCUAUCUCAGACAAGGAACUCGCAACAAGAAGCUCAAGAAGAAAGACAAAGGGAAGCUGGAUGAGAAGAAACCUCCUGAAGCUGAUAUGAACAUCUUUGAAGACAUUGGGGAUUAUGUGCCCUCCACUGCCAAGAUGCCACGGGACAAGGAACGGGAGAGGUACCGGGAGAGAGAGCACAACAGGGACCGGGAGCGUGACAGGGACCGGGACAGGGACAGGGAACGCGAUCGGGACAGAGAGCGUGACCGGGAGAGAGAGGAGGAGAAGAAGAGGCACAGCUACUUUGAGAAGCCCAAGGCUGAUGAUGAGCCCACAGACAUGGACAAAGGCCCUGGCUCAGCCAAGGAGCUUAUCAAAUCCAUCAACGAGAAGUUUGCUGGAGCUGCUAGCUGGGAAGGAACAGAGGCAUAUCCUUUACUGUCUAAGCCAGAAGACAAGAAGCAGCUGGGGGACUUCUUUGGCAUGUCCAACAGCUAUGCAGAGUGUUAUCCUGCCAC